AUGAGAACGAAAAAUGCAAACAAAUUAAAUGUAGAACAGACCACAGGUGAAAUUAAAAAAGUUGAACUAAAUCGAGAAUAUUAUAAUUGUAUAAAAACAUAUGCAAGUGAUUUACAGAAUUUAUCUUUUAAUUUUUUUCCAUCCAUAAAUACAUACACAUGUGUACCUAAACUUAGUGCUGUUAAUACAAUAACAUUUCAUCCAUGUAUAUCGAGUUCUGAUUAUAUUAAUAAAACAUAUACUUUCAAACCAUUAUUUACUCAUCAUUUUUUUAGUGACAGUGAACAGGUAAUUGGAUUUGAAAAUUUGAAUAUAGAAUUUUAUUAUACGUGCGACAAUUAUGAAGUGUUCAUGAAAUUGAAUGGGUCCAUAUGUGACCAAUAUGAAAAUUCAAAUUAUAUCAUGUUAAUGCUUUUACAAAGUUUAUAUAUCACCACUCCUUAUCCAGGUGGCUUUAUAGAAAGUGAAGAUAAAUUUUUAAGUAUAUUAAAUCGAAAUGAUAAAAAAUUAGUUAAAAAGAAUAGUUAUGAGGAACUAGUGAGGAAUGCAAUGUAUAAGCCUCCGGGGUAUAUUAUUUAUGAGAAACAUAUUAGUAAAGAUAUAAUUUUACAAAUACGCAAAUGUGGAUUUUCUUCUGAAUAUUUUAAAUUUGAUAGUAGUAGUGACAUAAAAAAUAUAAAAAGAGAAACUGUAAACGCAGAAAAUGAACAGAUAUGUGAUGAAAAUAGUCCAAAUAAUGCAAAAGCUAGUCAUGAAAAUACAUCGGGAAGCUUAGUACCUACUGAUGUUUUGGAAUGGGAUAGAACUGUGAAUAAAAGGAAAGCAGCUGUUAAUAAUAUUUUGAUUAGAAGCGAAAAGAGAGGUUCAAGAAGUAGGACGAAUAGUAUACAUACCAAAUCAGAGUCUAGAAAAAGUAGUAUUGUUAGGAGAAAUACAAGUGAUAGUCUUAGUAAAAGUAAAGAGGAUAUUGAGGAUAAUACAAAGAAGGUGGUUCCUGGUAAUGGUAGACGAAGGAGGAGGAAAAAAAGUACAGUUGAUAAUAUGGAAAAUAAUGUAAAUGAUAGUAAUUUAAAUGAAAGCAAUACAAAUGAAAAUAUAGGUAAUAAAGACAACCACGAAAUUUUGGAUAACAAUGAAAUUAUGAAUAAUAAUGAAAAUGUGAAUAAUAAUAAUGAUAAUAAUAAGAAUAAUGAAAAUAUAGAUGAUAAUAAUAAUAACAAUAAUGAUAACAAUAAUGAUAACAAUAAUGAUAACAAUAAUGAUAAUGAUAAUGAUAAUGUCGUUUCUGAAAAGAAUAAGGUGGGUACGAGAAAAUAUUCAGAUUCCAAAAACUCCUGCAGCAGUAUUAAUGCUCGUAACAAUGCCCUAAACGUAUGGACCAAAGGAAAAAGAAGAAGACGUAAAAAGAAAAGAGAAGCAUUAAUUAAAAAUGAUGCUGAUGGCAAUAAUUCAGGGGAAGAAAAUAAAGUUGUAAAAAGUUUGUAUACAAGAAAUGUUACAGAAAAGGAUAUGUCUCAAAUGUACAAAGAUUAUUUAAAAGUAUUAGAUGAACGAAAAAAUCAAAAGAAGAAGAAAAAAAGAAAAAGACGAAGAAAAAAAAAAAAUGUAGAAGGAGGAGAAAACGAAGGAAAACCUAAACAGACUAUAGAAGGAGGAGAAGCUUCAGAUAAAUGUUCUAUUAAUGAUCAGAAAGGAGGAAAAGAAUACAACAAAGAAGGAGAAAGAGAAAAAGAAGAAGAAGAAGAAGAAGAAGAUGAUGAUGAGUAUGAUGAGUAUGAUGAGGAUGAUGUAGAAGAAGAAAUUGAUGAAGAAGAAAGGUUAAGAAAAUUGAUAAGUGAAAAUUAUCAUAAUAGAUAUGAUUAUACCGUUAAAGAUAAUUUUGAAAUUUUACAUAGAAGAGUUGAAUGGUUUUAUCAUUGGUUUAUUGAAAGUGCAUCAAACAUUGAAUAUGAUUAUAGAUGGAGUGUAAUAUUACCAUAUAUUAUAUUUAAACAUGAUAAGAGCAAGCCAUUUGCAAAAAAUAAUUUUAUUGAUAAUUUAAACGCUGAAUUGUUUAAAAGCCGUUCAUCACCUACUACGAAUGUUCAAAAAAAGGAUGUUAAGGAAGAAACUAUGAAUGGUUGUAAGGUUGAAGGGGGUUCAUUAGAAGUAGCAAAUAAAUUAAGUGAAAAAAAAAAUGCAUCAACAGUCACGAAUAUAUCAACCGUUACUAAUAUUUCCAAUGUAUCAAAAGUGACCAGCAUAAAAAGCAAGUCGAAUGGUUCAAAAAACAAUCAAAGCGAUGUGCAAAAUGAUAAAGAAUUAAGCGAAGGCACAUUGAAUGUACACAAAAAAGAAAAACAAACGGACGAAGUUAUAGUAGUAGAAGAUGAAUAUGAAGAUGGAAAUGAGGAAAAAAAAAAGAGUACUGGUAAAAGAUGUUUGUUAACUAAUGGUCAGGAGGUAAAUGAAAACAAGAAAAGAAACAAAGGUCAAGGACAUGAAGAUGAACGAAAUGACAAUAAUAUUGAAAUAGUAGAAAUAAAAGAUGAUGUUGAAGUGAUAGAGAUAUCUGAGGGAGAAGAAAAAGAGGGAAAAAAGAGAGAAAAUACUGUGAAUAGUAACAAAAGUAGUAGUAAUAGUAAUAGCAAUAAUAAAAAAAAUAAUAUAAGUAGUAGUGGCUGUAAUGGUAGUGAUAAUAAUAAUAAUAAUAAUGUUACACAAACAGAUGUAGCGUGUUUUCCAAAAGAAUAUGUAAUUACCAAUGAUCUAGUUAAACAGGCAAUAUUUGAUACCCUCAAUAACGUAAAUAAUAAAAAUGAAGAAGAUUAUUAUUCUUUUCAUAAUGAUCAUGAUGUUGUUUAUUUAUAUGCAGAUUUGCUUAAGGAAAAAGAAGAUAAUAAUCGUAAUAAUAAUAAUAAUAAUAUUUUAGAUGAACAAAAAGAAGAUAAAGAUAAAGUUAAUUCCAUCGAAAAGUGGAAGAGAGAAAGUGCUUCAAAGACAAAUGUAAUAGAACGUUUUAAUAGUAAGAAAGAAGAACAGAAUGACGAAAGUAGUGAGUAUUGUUAUUAUUUUUAUUUAUUUGGUUUAGCAACAACUUAUACGUUUUUUACAUUUCAAUUUGAUAGAAAUAGAAUAUCUCAAUUUUUGAUUUUCCCUCCCAUGCAAUGUAAAGGGUUAGGUAUGCAGGUUUUAGAAAAGAUUUAUCAUUUAUCAAUUGUUAAUACAAAUAUUAGAGAAAUAACGGUUGAAGAUCCAGCAGUUUCAUUCACUCAAUUAAGAGAUAUCAUUACAAUAAAAAUGUGCAUUGAUUUAAAUAUUUUAUCACCGAGUGUUUUAUAUCCACAAGAAUAUUUAACAACAAAAAAUAUUCAAAAGGAAAAUGUGGAAUUAGAUAAGAGGAAGUUUAUGACAGUUUGUAAAGAAACACACAAGCAAAUUACUAGAAUGAUCGAAACUUUAAUGUUAGCUGAUGUAUUACCUCAUCCUGCUCCUGCAUAUACAGAUAAUGAGGAAAAGGUUACAGGCCUUAGGAAAAGAGAGAAGAAAAAUGAUAACAGCAGUUGUUUAAAUUCAAUGGAAUAUUUCGAAUCUUCUGAUUUAUGUAAACAAGUGCGAAUAAAAAUAAAAAAGAGGAUAAAAAAUGAUUACAUAGGAAAUUUGAUCAACAAAAAUAUGAAUUGCAUGGCCAGUGACGUCUUCCAAGAUUACGUGAAAGAAGAACUAUAUAAGUUGUGGAGGAAACAAUGUAGAGUUUAUUAUAGGACUAUAAGAAAGUUAAGAAACAUAUAUCCAUUAUAA